GGAGGGACCAGUGCCCAGAGGACAGAGAGGACCCCUUUACUUCGGUGGGCGGGGGGAGAGGCUGAAGAACCCUCCCCUUCUCAUGUCUCCGGGUCCUCCCACCGCGACGGAGCGUCCCUGGGAGAGAAGCCCAGGCCCGGAGGGGGAAGCUGAGGGCUCGCCUGUGCCAGUCGCCACCAGGGCGCGUUCCGGUGCCGCGGCGGGUGGCACAGGCUGGCAGACACAGGCUGGGAGCCCGGACCCCAAGGGGAGGGGGCAAUUGCUUGCGACCGCGGGCACUCGGCCUUGCGGGCCCGCCCCCUCGCCUGUCAGCUCCAGUCCCGCCCCCCGAACAGAGGCAGCUCACUCAGCUCCAGGCCGCUCGACUGCUGAGCGCACAACACCUGGGCACAGGGUCUUGGGGCGGGCAGCCCAUGGAGCCGGGGCUGCUGCGGCCAGCGCCAGUGAGCGAGGUCAUCGUCCUGCAUUACAACUACACCGGGAAGCUCCGCGGUGCGCGCUACCAGCCCGGCGCGGGACUGCGCGCCGACGCCGUCGUGUGCCUGGCCGUGUGCGCGCUCAUCGUACUCGAGAACUUGGCCGUGCUGAUCGUGCUCGGACGCCACCCGCGCUUCCAUGCGCCCAUGUUCCUGCUCCUGGGUAGCCUCACGCUGUCCGACCUGUUGGCGGGCGCCGCCUAUGCAGCCAACAUCCUGUUGUCGGGGCCUCUCACGCUGCGCCUGUCGCCCGCGCUCUGGUUCGCUCGUGAGGGUGGCGUCUUCGUGGCGCUCGCCGCGUCCGUGCUGAGCCUCUUGGCCAUCGCGCUCGAGCGCCUCCUCACCAUGGAGCGCCGGGGACCCGGACCCGCUCCCGCAGCUCGUCGGGGGCGCACGCUGGCGCUGGCGGCCGCGGCCUGGGGCGUGUCGCUGCUCCUCGGGCUACUGCCCGCGCUCGGCUGGAAUUGUCUCGGCCAUCUGGACGCCUGCUCCACGGUCCUGCCGCUCUAUGCUAAGGCCUACGUGCUCUUCUGCGUGCUCGCCUUUGUUGGCAUCCUGGCUGCCAUCUGCGCACUCUACGCGCGGAUCUACUGCCAAGUGCGCUCCAAAGCGCGGCGCCUGGGAGCCCACCCCGGGGCUGGCGAGGGCGCCUCGACCCGCGCACGCCACACGCCGCGCUCGUUGGCUCUGUUGCGCACGCUCAGCGUGGUGCUCCUGGCCUUCGUGGCUUGUUGGGGACCACUCUUCCUGCUGCUCUUGCUGGACGUGGCGUGCCCGGCGCGCGCCUGCCCUGUGCUCCUGCAGGCGGACCCCUUCCUGGGCCUGGCCAUGGCCAACUCGCUUCUGAACCCCAUCAUCUACACGUUCACCAACCGCGACAUGCGCCAAGCGCUCCUGCGCCUUCUCUGCUGCGGCCGCCGCUGGUGCAGCCUAGGCCCGGGUGCCUCCCAGCCGUCGGGGAGCCCCCCUGGGGCUUCGGGCGGCCUGCAGCGCUGGCUGCCUCCUGGCCUGGAUGGCAGCUCCAGCCACUCCGAGCGCUCGUCACCCCAGCGGGACGGGCUGGACACCAGCGGCUCGACAGGCACCCCUGGCGCACUCACAGCCGCCUGGACCCUGGUACCCCCUCCAGCCGCAGACUGACGCCCUUUGGUCCGCCACUGGCCUCCCUAAGAGCUCUUUCGCAGACUUUCUUGCUAAAUUAAGGAAUUUAUAGGAAAAGCAGCUGAAGAUGGUGGAGGCAGAAAAGACGCAGGAGAAUGUAUUUUAUUGCCGCUAAACCCCACAGCAAUGAACAAAACAGACAAAAAUCCCUUCCCUUGUGGGAUGGAUGUUCUGGUGGCGGACAUAGACAACGGAAUGAAGAGGUAUGGAGAUAAUUCCAGUGACAAUACAGUGAUGCGAUGGUGGUCAGGGGAUGCCUCUCUGCAGAGGUGGUAACGUGUGACGUGAGAUGGACUGUCCCGGGAACUUCUGAAGGAAGAUCAUUUCAGGGUGGGGCUGCAAAGGCCCUGAGCCUAGAAUAUGCCUGUGUGUUCUCUGAAAAGCACAUAAGUCAAUGUGGCUGGAGCGGAGGAUGGAGAGGGAGAGUGGGAGGAAACAAAGGCAGGGGAAUAAUGGGACAGAUGGGGCAGGGACUUAUGAGCCCAGGGGAGGACUUUCUUUUGCUCUGAGUGAAGUGGGUUCAUGGAGCGUUCUAGGCAGAGGAGGGACUUAAUCUGGCUCACGUGUUUACAGAUGCCUCUGGUCUCUGUGGAGGGUGAAGCUAGGAGAACAAGGUGAUGGUGACUGCACUGGCCUAGGGGAGUGAUGAUGAGGAAUCAGACCGUGUGGAUUCUCCAUGGAUUUGGGAGGUAUUGGACGGAAUUCCGGAGGAAAUUGGGCGUGGGGGAGAGAGGAGUCAAGGACAGCUCUUCACUCGAGAGGAGAGACCAAAGACAGGGCACCCUAAAAGUUUACUCUAGGAGACUCAGCCAAUUCCUAUCUGAAACAAGAUUUCUUUGAAUGUGGUGUCAGAUCCUUCAUAAAGAAUAAA